CAAUUUUUCUUUCAGGAUCUUUCAGACUUUUCAAGGCAAAAAACUAAUUAACUUUAUUGUUGUCCGAAAUUAAACAAGAAAUUGUUUAAAUUUAUUCAAAUUUAUGGUGCUCACAUAUCCACUUAUGUAUAAUUUUAGAAUAUGUCUAGCCUAAAAACUGUUUAGAAGCAUGUAUGUUCGCUAGCACUUGGUAGUGUUGUGAUUAUUGUGGUCAUGUUGGAGACUCGGUCAAUGCGAGGAGUGCCAGGAAACCCUUGGCAAACUAGUAAUAGUUACGCACCUAAAAUACCUACCGAGCAAAUGGCAGCUCCUAAUUUUCGUUACGGCAAAACAAGCCAGGACGACAUAUGCUACGUCGUCGCAAAAUAUGACUAUGAACAUCAAGGGCCUCAAGAGUUAGACCUGCGCAAGAACGAACGUUAUGUGCUUCUGGACGACUCGAAACAUUGGUGGAAAGUGCAAAAUUCCAGAAAUCAAGCCGGUUACGUCCCUAGCAAUUACGUUAAAAAAGAAAAACCGUCUUUGUUUGAUAGCAUAAAGAAAAAAGUCAAGAAAGGUUCUGGUUCAAAGACUUUACCAACAAGUAAUUCUCCAUCUCGCACUGUCGAAUCGCCUAGUAUGGCAAGACGAGCUGCAGCUGAACCAUCGGAAGCCAUAGGAAUUGCGGUUGUUAAGUACAACUAUCAGGCCCAGCAACCGGACGAGUUGUCUUUAGUUAAAGGUUCUAGAAUUUUAAUACUAGAAAAGAGUAACGAUGGCUGGUGGCGAGGACAGAGUAGUAACAUUACCGGCUGGUUUCCUUCUAAUUAUACUCAAGAAGAAGGCGAUUUGGACGAUACCAUGCACACUUAUGCCAUGGCGGAAAAUGUGCUCGAUAUUGUGGUGGCGUUGUAUUCCUUUUCUUCUUCCAAUGAGCAAGAGUUGUCGUUUGAGAAAGGGGAUCGUUUAGAGAUUCUCGAUCGGCCUCCUAGCGAUCCUGAAUGGUAUAAAGCGCGAAAUGCCCAAGGACAAAUAGGCCUGGUACCAAGAAACUAUUUGCAAGAACUCUCGGACUACAUGGACAGACCGUAUCAAGAUAAGAACAAACCGGAACGACUUGAAUCUUCCAUGGUUAGCUCACAGGCCUCUAUGUCAGAAAAACCGCACAUAAUUGACAGGCCUUGGUAUUAUGGAUGCAUUACAAGGAACGUAUGUGAUAAUUUAUUAAAUCAAUUUGGGCACGACGGUGAUUUUUUGAUAAGAGAUAGCGAAACGAAUGUUGGUGAUUAUUCUGUGUCCCUAAAAGCACCAGGCCGGAACAAACAUUUUCGUGUACACGUCGAAGGGGCGCUGUACUGUAUCGGACAACGAAAAUUCCACACGCUGGAUCAGCUUGUUGAUCAUUACCAGAGAGCGCCGAUUUACACCAACAAACAAGGCGAAAAACUUUAUCUAGUACGGCCUUUGCCCAAGUCAAAAUAAUUUAAUUCUUUUAUCUCUCUCUUAUGUAAAUUAAUUGACUAUUACUGUGUGUGCGUGCGUGUGCGUGUUCAUCCCUGAUUUAGAAUUGUUUCCUUGUUUUUGCGAGUGGCUUUUUUUGUAAUGUGUAAUAAUGGUUUUUGGAAAAUGACGGGGACUAUUGGAGAGAUCUAGUUUAAUUUUCUCUAUUGUGAGAAAUCACGAUUGAAUCAGUAUUGUUUUUCUCUUAAAAUCAAUUAAUAUGUAAUUACCUUUACUAAAAUCAAUCUUCUAUCUAGAUUAUAAUGUCUGCCUCCCCACUUUGAAGAGUGAAUUGUUUUAUGAAAACUAGACUUUUUUAGCCCUAGGGCGGUAAAGUAACAAAAACUCCGCCAAGUUUUCCUUUAGCACAAAAAAAAACCAUAAUUAUGUAAAAAAUUGACGCAUCACAAUUAUUUUUCUGGAAGUAAGCAUCACAUUUGCUUAGUAAAAGUGUCUCUAUCUCUGCCAUUUUCCAACUGAAAAAAAACUGUAUAAUAUCUGGUCAUAUUUAUAAUGUAGCAUGUUUUGUUAUUUUUGUACAUAUUUUAUAAGUUAUUUUUGUUAAUUAUAAGAAUUAUUAUUUUUAUUUUGUUUGUUCUAGAACGAAAAAGAAUUUGAAUUAUUUUCAAUAUUUGUUCUAACUGCAUAUUAAUUAUAAGUAAACAAAAAAAACGACAUAUUCCAUACAAAUAUUUUGAUUAGGAAUUCUUUUUUUCCAUGUAAUUGCCAAGAAUUUGUGAUGAGUGUUGUGGUAAAAAUAGAUAGAUCAUUAUGCCUUUCUCAAGUGAUUUUGCUUGCGACGUUUUUAUACAUAGGCGAAUUACAUAAUCAUAAUUAUAUAAACCGCUUUUCCGCUGAUCUGUAUUUAUUAGGUAGCUACAGUUAGAAUUUUAGAAUGUCAUAAACAUACCCUGUGUUUUUAUUCUCAUCAAAUUUUACCGAUGGAUCCACCAUUCUAUGUCGGUCAUUAUCAUUUUCCAUUCACUAAACAAAGAUAGCUAACUCAUCGGUGAAUCCACCGAUGAGAAUAAAAACGCACAUCUAUUUAUAGGAAAUAAUAUAGAACAAACAAAGAAAAAGAAAUCUUGAAAAUUCUAAUUUGUUAAAGUGUUGCUGUUUUGGCUCUUGAUUUAAAGCAGGUUGAAAAUUUGAUCUCCCUUUAACAGAAUCAAAAAUAAAUUGUGCCAAAUUUCAAUAAGAAUUUGUCUCUCCAUAAUAGCAGUUUUCAAGAUUUUGGUUUGUCUGCCACCUUUUGUAUUUUGCAGGAUUUGAGGUAGGAGGUUCCGAAUCACAAAAGUAUUUUUUAUUUAGGCGUGAUUCUGGUCAAUUAGGUAUGGAAUCGAAAACUAGAAUAUAUUUGGCUUCAAGCAAAGUAUCAGAUAGAAAAAUAUAUUACGGUAGAAUCUCCCUUUGGGCAAAAAUCUUGUGGAUGUCAAGAAAGUCUCCAAAAUCUUACUGAGUGAUUCCAAAUGGCAAAAUUGAAUUUCUUUCUCUGAGUCCAUUUCUUCUUCUAUAAACUUUGCUUUGCUUUUAUUGAUAAAGUACUGCUCCUGGUAAAUAGAUUUUCUUAAGCAGAAAUCUCAAUUUUCAUUAAAUCUUUCAAUAUAAAAGCUCUGUGAUGUAUUGAGAGAAUUUUUUCCUUGUAAUUUAUAUUUUGUUGGGGGCAGACUAAAGUGUCUGUUAAGGGAGAUUCCACUGUAUUGCUUCUAAGCCGUAUAGAAGUGUACAAAAAAAAAUAUAUAAUAGAUAUAUUGAACACAUAGUUCUUGUAAUGAUUAUCAUUUUUCAAAUUAUUAAGUGUUGUAAACUAUAUUAUACCAUAAUUGAUGAUAUCAGGUUAAUAUUUAAGCUGAAAAUCAGAAAGUAUUACAAAGCCAAUAAUGAUCAAAAACCACAAAACAUUUUGUAAUACUUGCCCAAUUAUCAAAAAAGACUUGCACAUCAAAUUCCAACACUAAAUCUCUCAUAAUUUGUCUGAAAAAAACUCCCGUCCUCACAAAACAAAAUUAUAUUAUUAACCAAGUUGCUUCCUGAAUGUGGUUACGAACAAACGAAAAAUAAAUAAUUCAUAUUCUUUAGAGUAAUGUUUUUAGUCGGAAAGGCACAAAACGUUGUACCUUAUUUUUUAUGAAACUAAUUGUAUGUGUCCCUUUGUACAAUGUAACUCAGCUUACCUUAAGUAUAAUACUCAUAUUUUAGAGCCUUGGAGUAUGAUAAAAGAAAAGCGAACAGAAAUUAAAAAAAAGUAUGGUAUUUAUAGCGUAAUAAUAAUGAUUUUAUGAAUAAAACAA